AUGGUCUGGUUCCGGUUCAGCAAGGGUUUGAACCGAGAACCGGACCCAAAAAAUGUCAAACUUCAUAUACAAUCUGGUUCAUCUUCUCACGCCCUGAACGCGAUCCUACCGCUUGUCGUGUCUGGGCAGCCCUACGAAGCGCACCAGAAAGCACGCACCUUUGCUUCACGGUACAGCAAGUCUGGGCAGUACAACACUGCCAUCGACGUGCUCUUCCAGAGUGUGAGAGAACUCCUGAAAGUUAGCCAGCAGGGAAGCAGAACAGAUUUGACGCUGUUCCUUUUGGACCCUACUGCUGUCAAGUCGCCGUGCACGAUACCAUUGCCAUGCACUAAAGAGGUUCGGACGACACUACAGGAGAUAGCAAUGUUGUACUUUGCAAUUCCUCCGCCACGCACUCAGCCUGAUAAUCCAUUGGGAGCUAUGAUUUCCUCUAUGCUGGGCAGUGGGAUGCCGGGAGGAGGGGCGCCUCCACGGCGGAUGCUGUCUCCCGCUGUGAGCGGACUAUCAGCUCCAGGACUGGAUUAG